AUGGAAACGAAAAGCCCACACAAUAUGUCGACAAACAGCUGGAGCUCUUUGCCAAAAGCGGAAAGAAUUAAAACUAUUCUGAAACUUCAAGAGACGAACAAUCAGAUGAAACUAGAUAUCGAUAAUGAUCAGAAAACACUGGCAGAGCUGCGACAAACUAUUCCAGAUGAAUGUUUGGGGCUGUUCGAAAAAGAAAAGAAAAAUCUCCUAAACCACUAUCUAACCGCAGAACUUCUGCCACACCUGUCAGAGCAAGGAUUGAAUGCUGAUGAAAUUCAACGAAUGGGCAACACAAUCACUGCACGAGCGAACGCUCAAGUUGCUGACCGGGAGGAAACUAAGAACAUCAUUCAAGAAACAGAAGAGGCUAGUACAUGA